AUGAAUGACUUUACUUGUUUUUGGGGACAUCACAUAAACAAAAACAACAACAACUACUCCUACAAGAAAGAGUUGCAAUGCAAAAUAAAACAAGCAAAUACUAACCAGUGGCUACAAGAUUGCUACUAUUGUUGCUGGUGUAAUAAUUGGAUACGUGCUGAAAUAGAUAUAGACACAAUCACACAACACACACACAGAAGAAGAAAAAGAAAAAAAAAACCUUUUACAUUUAUGUCGGCUAAAACUGAACAAAUAUUACUGUGUGCUUGUGUGAUUUGUGUUAGCGGUAACAGAAUAGGAGGUGAUAAAAUAAAUUUAUAUGUUUAUAAUAGUCGAGUGUUUGCUGAAAAGAAUAAUCAGGGUGUAUUGCUUAUGAUUUUAUGGCAUGAUGAUGAGUGUGUUGCAGCAAAGUUAUAUGUUUUCAAUUUAAAUAAACUUUAG